AAAAAUCACUCUUUCAUAGCAGCUUCAGUGAUAAUCAUUUGAAAGAGGAAAGUAGAUGAGAAACGUAUUGUUAUUCUCCUCUUCUCCAGCACUGGAGUCUUUUCUUUUUAAUUUGAAGCCUUGAACAUUUUCACGAUGACCCGGGGGAAUAUGAGAGAGACAAGUCUGUGUCAGCAGACUCUGGCCUUACUAUGGAAGAAUGUGCUUCUCAAAUGGAGGAGAAAGUGGCACAGCAUCCUUGAGUGGCUGCAAGACUUAGCAUUUAUUCUUUUGAUGUUCAUCAUAUCAGCUAUAACAGCAUCUCCAUAUAUGAGCAAUAGCAAGUAUGCUCCUGCAGAAGACCUUGGACGUCUGGACAAGUUUUCAAGCGUGAAUUUCACAGUUGGUUUUGUACCAUCUCCCAUGACAAGGGAUAUAAUGCAGAAGGUAUCCAAAAAUAUAAUUAUGCCAGAUAUUACCGUUCAGGAAUAUGAAGAUGAAGAACAAUUAGUAAAAGCUGUUCAGAACAGCUCUAUAAUUGGAGUCACAUUUGAUGAUAAAUUCAGCUAUCAUAUCAGAUACUUCAAAUACGACAUCACAGACCCAAAUGACUACAUUGCAUACAUGGGUCACUGUAUAAAUAAUUCAGGCACAUGCUAUCCCACCCUUUACUGGAAAGAAGGAUUUCUAUCUCUGCAAGCGAGUAUUGAUUCUGCUAUCAUUGAACUAACCACCAAUCAUUCGAUAUGGGAAAACAUGGCAUCCAUUAUAGCAACCAGGAUGAAAUGCUUGGGGAAAAUUAACAGACAAGACAUACAUACAAUUACAUUUAUUUUUGCCAUCGCCAUGUGUUACGUCUCAAUGGCGUACCUCUUGGCCCUUAAUGUUACAAGAGAGAGAUGUGAAAUGAGAGAGAUCCUGAAGAUGAUGAGGUUGAAGAAUUUGGCGUUUUGGUUAUCUUGGGGUUUGCUGUAUUCUGGUUAUGUGUUGAUAUUGGCAAAUCUGAUGACACUUGUAACACGAUAUUUUAUGUUUCUGGAAAGCUCAUAUGGCGUAAUAAUGUUCCUGUUUUUCCUUUACGGGAUAUCAUCACUAUCUAUCACCUUCAUGCUGAGUGCACUGUUGAGAAAUCCCAGAGUGACUGCAAUUACUGGAUUUUGUAUCACUCUCCUCAUGACUGUUCUGAGUCUCCUGCUUAUAAUGAGAGGCUUCCCCAAAGCUUUUGAAGUGCUUCUAAGUAUUUUCCCACCUUUUGCUUUCUCAGUUGGAAUUGUACAGAGUGUUCAUCUGGAGCUUGAUGGCCAAGGUGUCUAUUUCACAGAUUUUAUAGGAGACUCCUCACACAUGUUAACGAGUUUUAUCAUGCUUAUUUUGGAUUCCAUUUUAUACAUGGCCUUAACUCUUUAUUUUGACAAAAUUAUGGAAGAUAAAUAUGGGAUGAAGUAUGAGCCUUUGUUCUUCCUGAGGUCUUCAUACUGGUCAAAAGAAAAAAAAAAUCCAACUAAAGCAGAAGGUGAUGGAAGUGAGGAAAUAGUGAUGCCAGAUUUUAUUGAAAAGGUCCCUACAGAAUUAUGUGAAAAGAGAUCUAUAAGAAUCAAUAAUGUUAAGAAAAUCUACAAUGACAAAGAUAAGAAAGUUGAAGCACUAAGAGGUCUAAACUUGGAUAUUUAUGAAGGACAAAUAACAUGUUUACUUGGCCACAGCGGAGCUGGAAAAUCAACAUUAUUGAAUAUACUAAGUGGAAUGUGCCCGGCCACCAGUGGAUUGGCUACUGUCUACAACUACAGUGUAUUAGAUAUGGAUCAUUUGGAUGAGAUAAGGAAAAUAUCUGGAUUUUGCCCACAGGCUGACAUCAAGUUUGAUCCCUUAACAGUGAAAGAAAAUUUACAGGUGUUUGCUAAAUUCAAAGGAAUCCCAUCAAAUCAAGUAGAAGAGGAGGUACAAGAAAUCAUAUCUCAGUUACACAUGAAUAACAUUCAAGAUGUGGAAGCCAAUAAAUUAAGUGGAGGACAGAGAAGAAAGUUAACUCUUGGAAUCUCUCUUUUAGGAAACCCACAGAUUCUCCUCCUUGAUGAACCUACUGCUGGCAUGGACCCAUGUUCUCGUCAUCAUAUAUGGACUUUAUUAAAAAAUCGUAAGACAGAUGGUGUAACACUCUUUAGUACCCAGUUCAUGGAUGAGGCUGAUAUACUUGCUGAUCGAAAAGCAGUAAUCUCGAAUGGGAGAUUAAAAUGUGUUGGAACGUCCAUGUUUCUGAAAAGAAAAUGGGGCAUAGGAUAUCACUUAAGGAUGAUGGUGUCUCCUUCCUGUGACAGUGAGAACAUUACAUCUCUCAUAAAGCAGCACAUAUCCACCGCUAAGCUUACAGCAGAGAAUGAAGAGGAGCUCACAUACACAUUACCCUUUGAAUUCAUGGAGGCAUUUCCAGAUCUGUUUUCACAUCUGGACACCCGCAUAGGCCAGGGUAUUCUCAGUUAUGGAGUCUCUAUGACAACCUUGGAUGAUGUUUUUUUAAAACUGGAGGGAGAAUCAGAGAUUGAACAAGGAGACUAUGGGGUUUUUAGUCGAGAGCCUAGGGUGGAGGAAGGAAAAGAUGAUUUUUCUGAAGAAAUGGAUGAAUCACUUCUACUGAUGUCAGAUUCUGGCAAUGUGACAUUAAGUGGAUGUGCACUCUGGAGACAGCAGGUGUUGGCUAUAGCAAAGACUCGCUUUCUGAAGUUAAGACGUGAUACUAAAAGCUUCAGAGCUAUAUUGGUUCUAUUAAUUCUUUUCCUUGUUCCACUGGUUAGUUCCACUGUCAUACGUCUUCUUUUUCAUAAAGUGCCUUCGUGGGAACUCACCCCAAAACUUUACUUUCAAAGUCCAAGACAUCGGAUUCACAAUUAUUACACCAAUAUUCUGGUCAAUAACAACACAGGUUCAUCUAUUGAUGACUUUGUUGCUGCUCUAAAAGAGCAGGAUAUGGUGGUGGAUGUCAAGGACGGCAAUUAUGACACCGAAACGACUAUCUACAGAGGUGCUUUAGAAGUCUCCCGAAAUGACAAGGGAUACACUUUCAGAAUUAUAGGAAAUCCCAAAGCUUUGAAUUCAUUGCCAGUGCUUGUAAACAUCAUUAGCAAUGCUCUUCUGAAAACUUUUAAAUCCCCUGAUCACAUUCGAAUUUGGAAUAAUGUAAUAGGUUAUGAGGGAGAGUGGAUAGAUUCCAGCUACAUGUCUUUUUUUGCAGGUAUAAUUCUCAUGGUCUUUGCUUCAGGUUUCCCACCCCAUUUUGCAAUGAGCAGCAUUGAAGACAACAGGAUCAAAGCUCGUUCCCAACUUUGGGUUUCAGGUCUAUUUCCAUCUGCCUACUGGCUUGGACAAGCCUUGGUUGAUGUAGUUGUCUAUUGGAUCCUCCUUUUCCUGAUGUUUGGUAUAUUGUUUGUUUUCCAUCAUGAAGUCUACGUAGAGGCUGAAUUCGUAUUCUCAAUGAUUAUCUGUGUCAUUGGUUAUUCCGCUGCACUGGUCCUGUAUGUCUAUGUAAUUGCCUUUAUUUUUGGCAAAGGAAAAAGCCACAGUGACAGUUGGUCAUUUUUCUUUGUAUUUACAUCCUUCCUUCCCACGAUUCAUCCUCAUCUUAAGCUUACAUUCCUUCCAAUAACCAUUCUCUACAUGACCGUUUUCCCUGCGAGCAGUCUCAUUGUAGUCUUAACCCAUAUAAUCUACGUAACUGAAUAUGACAUUGAACUCUAUGAUGAAUUAACGAAUUAUAUGUUAGCGUUUACUCCAUACCUACAUAUUUUUAUGUAUAUUGCAAUAUUCCUUUUCCUGGAAUGGAAAUUUGGGAUGAGAAGUUUGAAAAAAGAUCCAAUUUUCAGGACAUCAAAGAGACAAAUAAAAAUCAGACAAAAUCCAGAAGAGUUGGAAGAUGCAGAUGAUGAUGUUUUGGCUGAAAGAGAAAAGGUUAAAAACCAUGAAACUAAAUCAUCAGAAGAGAGGCCGGUGAUUAUUGUUGAUAGCCUCCGUAAAGAAUACAAGAUAAAGAAAGGAAGUUCUAUUUUCAAGAAAAAAAUUAAAAAAGCAGCUACCAAAAACAUCUCAUUUUGUGUCAAGAAAGGUGAGGUACUGGGACUGUUGGGCCCAAAUGGAGCAGGAAAAACAACAUCUAUAUAUAUGUUGGCUGGAGAAGUGACACCAACUGCUGGGAAGGUUGUAUUUUAUGGGAGUGGCUUAGCUGAGUCUCAGACUGAAGAUGAUACCACACCAUUCCUAGGCUACUGCCCACAGGAAAGUCCCUUAUGGUCCAAUCUUACUGUAAAAGAGCACCUAGAGAUCUAUGCUGCAGUGAAGGGAAUGAAGAAAGAAGAUGCUGACACAGCUAUCAAAAGAGUCGGAGAAGCUUUGGGGUUAAAGGAUCAUCUUCACAAACAAGCCAAAAACCUGUCUGCAGGAAUAUCUAGAAAGGUGUGUUUUGCUAUCAGCAUGCUUGGGAACCCAACUAUAGUGCUUCUGGAUGAACCCUCUACUGGUUUAGAUCCUAAAGGUCAGCAACGGCUCUGGAGAGCAAUCAGAGCGGCUUUCAAAAAUAAGGAAAGAGGAGCAAUUCUGACAACUCAUUACAUGGAGGAGGCAGAAGCAGUGUGUGAUCGUGUGGCUAUCAUGAUAUCUGGGAAACUCAGAUGUAUCGGUUCCAUCCAGCAACUAAAGAGCAAAUUUGGCAAAGGCUACCUACUGGAAAUUAAAGUAAAGGAUUCUCAACGGUUGGAAGAUAUUCACAAGGCGAUUACUAAGGUGUUCCCGAAAGCAAUAAGACAAGACAGAUUCUCUUCUUUGCUGGUCUAUAAGAUACCCAUGGAUAAUGUAAAAUCUUUGUCACAUGCUUUUACAGUUUUGGAAGAAGCUAAACGGAAGUAUGACAUUGAGGAAUAUAACUUCUCCCAGCCAACACUAGAACAGGUUUUUAUUGACUUGGCCAAAGAGCAGGAAACGGAUGACUUUAAUUUGGACUCCACAUUUCAGUGGAAACAUUUGAGGACCGAAAGCAUCUGAUAUUUUAGUGAAAUUUAAAAUACUGAUACUAACAAAUUAGCAAAACAGGACAAACAAGCAUCUGAUCACAUUGCAUAAGACUUCUUGAAUGAGGAAAUUAUGUAUUAACCCUAUUACUGCCAAAGAGUGUACCAUGGCUAAGUAUAAACAUAUAUAACCCUAGUUCUUUCUCUACAUAUUUUAAUAAACAUAAUGGUUUGUAACCCCACAUAUAUUAAACAGAUUGCCUUCAAAACCUGCAAAA